AUGGAUGACGAGGAGAGUUUGUCUCACCAGCUGGCAAUCAAGCUGCUGAUCGAGGAGCUUGAAGUGGAUGAUGCUUUGAAGGAGAAGAGGCGUCAGCGUGCUUCUGCCGAGGUGCUUGCUGAUCGGACUGCUCCUGAGGAGAGCACCGCUUUGCCCUCGGGCACUUCUACUCACACAGGUCGCCUUUGUGAUCUCUAUCAGGAUACUCUCGGUCCUUCUGUCGUCGAUCAACCUUCUCAAGAGACUGCCGGCGAGAAAGGGCUCGUUGUUGACGCUGCUGGCAAUGCUCCCAAGCCUUCUCCUGCGCCCGUCACGGAAGACGAUGAUCACAGAGAAGAUGACGAUGAUCUCUACCGGGAUGAUGGCGUCACCAUCAACCGGCGGCCCGAGGCUUCUCCUACCCCAGCUGCCGCUGCUUCUCCUGCGCCCGUGACGGACGACGGUGUAUGCCUCUAUCGUGACGACGAAACGACCAUCAACCGGCAGCCCAAGGCUUGUCCUGCCCGUACUGUUGCUCCCGUUCCUGCGCCCGUGACAGAAGAAGACAGUGAUAUCUAUCGUGACGAUGGAAAGGCCCUUGACCGGAAGCCCAAGCCUUCUGUUGCUCGCCUCACAGACAUCUACACUAAUCUCUCCCGUGACGAUAAAUUCAUCUCCUAUCGGCAGAGAACUCUCAAGAACCUCCCUCGCGACAAGAAACCCUUCAAGAUCCUCAACCUAGGAGAAGCCCAUCGCAUCGCGGCCGAAGCUCGCCGUCGUGAUCCACUCUCCAACCUCCCCGUGGAAGCUAACGACCGCCGCCGUACCGUCUGUGGCCUUACCCAAGUCGUUGGUGCUCCUGCUCGACGCUCUCAGUCUGUUGUCAUUCACCAGGACAACGACGAGGAAGAUCUGAUUUCGUUUGAGAACACUGUCACCUUCCGUCCUCAAACUCAGCCCGAGGAUUCUUCUCUUCGUUCUAUGGCCUCUGAUUCUACUCUCUCCGGAAAGUCUUCUCUUCAAGCUCAGCAGACUCGUACUCUUCGUUCUCAGCCUUCUCUCCCUGUCAACCCUCUUCGUUCUGUCUCUUCUGGCUUUCUUAUCUCUGGAUCAUCUUCUAUUCCUUCCCAGCCUUCUCGCCCUGAGACCGCUUCUCUUCAUUCUCGGACUUCUGGUUUUCUUCGACCUGGAACACCUUCUCGCCACACUCAGUCUUUUUGUCCUGACACCACUCUUCGUCGACCUGAGACCUUUUCUAUUCAUUCCGAGACGUCUUCUUCUUAUUCUCAGUCUUCUCCUCCGGAAUCUUCUUGUACCGAGACCUCUGUUCGUUCUAGCGGCACUAUUCUUCGACCUGAGACCUCUUCUUCUCGGCUUUUUCGCCCUCAGCCUUCGUCUUCUCGCUUUGCGCCCUUCGCCAACCCUCGACCCGAAGACAAUGUCCGACUCCGUGGCGCCAACGCAGAGACCGAUCCCGACAAGGAGAACGUCUACUGCCACUCCUGCGGAAACGACUGCGAAGAGUCUGUCGUGCUUUGCCCGUGCGGCCACUACUACUGCCCCCAGUGUCUUGGCCGGAUCGUCGAGUCUUCUGUUGGCGGAGACUCGUCCCACUUCCCGCCUCUCUGCUGCGGCAAGCCAGUGCCGGUCGACGUCAACUCGACCAUCUUCGACAAGGACGUCCUCGAGGCGUUCAUGGAGAAGAAGCUUGGCUUGCCGUUGUCGGCGAGGGCAACCCGCGCGGCUCGGAUCUUGCCGCCUGCUGCCAAGGUCGGUCCGUAG